AUGGCGGCCGUCACUACGCUGGUUGCAUUCUGGCUCUGGGGGUACAUUGACAACAGGAUCCUGUCGGGCGCGUCCAAGAGGUACCGGCCGGUGCAGCGGCAGGUCGGCAGCCCGGGCUUCGAGCUGGCCGCGUCGGACGUCAGCGUCAUCGUGCCGACGGUCAGCACCAAGGCGUCGUUCCCCGGGUGCCUCCGGACGUGGGCCGCCAACAAGCCGCGCGAGAUUGUCAUCAUCGGCGUCGAGGAGGAGCGCGAGCAGGUCGCGGGCCUGGUCCGGGAGGCGGCGCUGCCCCCCGACGCGGCGACGCAGGUCCGGCUGCUGUUUGCGCCGGCGGCGAGCAAGCGCGAGCAGUUCCGGCUGGGCGUCGAGGCGGCCACGGGCAGCAUCAUCGUCAACGUCGACGACCACAUCCUCUGGCCCGAGGCGUUCCUCGACAGCGCGCUGCCCUGCUUCCACGACAAGUCGGUCGGGGCGGUCGGGCCGGCGCUCGGCGUGCACAUCCCGCCGCAGCGCCGCAACAGCAGGGACGUGACGCCCUGGGAGGCGGCCAUGACGAGGGCCCUCUGGCGGAGGAACAGCGGCCUCGCGGCCGUGUACGCCGCGGCCGGGUGGUGCUGGGUGCUGGCCGGGUCGACGGUCCUGUUCCGCGGCGAGAUCCUCCGCGACGCCCGGUUCCUGCACGGCCUCACCAACGACUACUGGCUCGGGCGGUUCAAGCUGGACACGGGCGACGACACCUUCUCGUCGAGGUGGCUCCAGCAGCACGACUGGAACAUUGCCAUCCAGGCCAUGCCCGAGACGAGGGUGAGCCGGACCACGGUCAAGAGCGGGCGCGCGUUUUUCGACCAGGCCUUUCGCUGGGAGCGAAGCACCAUCCAGUCGUUCCUCCGCACCCUGCGGGACGUCCCCCAGAUCUGGAAGAGCCCAUACGUGGCCCGCAAGACCAUCGAGAGGGUGUUGCGGCCCGUUCUCACGGCGGUUCAUAUUCUCGCGUGGAUCGUGUCCUUUUCGACAUAUCCCAGACUCGCGUAA